CGACUCCAUUUUCUAUUACUUGACUUUGUUUACUCGAAUCAGCUGACUCUCGUAUUCCAACGUCAAAAGAGCCAAAGAUGGGCAGCUUGUUUUCCAAAAAGCCUCAAAGUAAAGUGACAGAGCAAGAUAAGGCUGUGUUGCAAUUGAAAUCAACGAGAGACAAGAUCCGGCAGUACCAGAAAAGAUCAGAGGCAACCCUAGAGAAGGACAGACAGCUUGCUAAACAGCUCUUGCAAAAUGGGAAGAAAGACCGGGCCAAACUUUUGCUGCGGAAGAAACGCUUCAUCGAGGAGCAACUCACAAAGACAGAUGGAACGCUUGAAAAUAUUGAAAAGAUGAUACAGGACAUUGAAUUUGCUCAGAUAGAAAUGAAGGUUGUUGACAGUCUGAAGGUAGGAAACGAAGCCCUGAAACAGAUCAAUGAAAUGCUUAGUAUUGAAGAUGUGGAACGCAUCCUUGAUGAAACACAGGAAGCAGCCGAGAAACAGAGGGAAAUUGAUGCACUGCUCAGUGGAGGCAUACUGACAGACGAGGAUGAAUCAGCAGUCGAGGAGGAGCUUGAUGCCCUCAUUGCUGCAGCUGUUGAGAAGCAGCUGCCUGAGGCUCCCUCCGCAGCAGAAAACCCCGAGGUCGAACUUCCAGACGUUCCAGAGACUCUUCCAGAGCCUGCAAAGGAGAAAGUCAAGACCAAGGAAAGGGUUGCCAUGGCUGCCUCGUAAUCCAGUAUUACAUGUCACAAUGAUUGCGUGGAAAGGGCAUUAGUCCGGGUUUCAAAAAAAAGGCUACAGGUUUGUGUGGAAAUGUGGGAAUUUGAGAACCAUGAAAGAAUUCCUACCUUUGUCCGGUGUCUACACAAUUGGAAUGGUUUAUUAUUUGUAACAAACAUCAUAAAUAGAAAGUCAUUAUGGUGCAAUGUAUUCUUCUUCUUUUUCUUCUUCUUUUUUUUUUUAAAGUAAAAAAAAUAAAAUAAAAAUCAUAAUUCAUAUAACAUGUCCAUUUAGAUAUUUGUACAUUAGAGAUUUUUACGUGUUAUCUUUGAUUAGUGUGAAUUAGUUAUCUCACAGUUUUAUUUAUGCUCAGUUAAGAUGUGGUUUCAGUUGACUUUUUAAGAAAAACAUAAUUAUAGUAUCUCAAGGGAAAAUAUAAAAAAAAAAACACUCCGUUAAUUUAUUAAUUAUGUAUCGUGUUUCUUGAUCUCUGUGUCAUACAUCUACUUCAAUAAUUAAUGCAUUUCUUUGGUAUAAUUACUUACUGGUACUAUGGUUUCUUGUUGUGCACUCGCACGCUUUAACCCCCUCCCCCCCUCGCCCCCAGCUACAAUUGCAAGUAAUGCACUGAUAUAACCAUUAUGUAUCACAGCUUGUAAUGAGAAAGGUGCAGUGAUCAUAUUCAAAUUGAAUGCCUUUAUACCUCUGUUUAAGGAGAAAAUUUGGCCUUUUUUCUGCUACAGAAGAUAGGUUUAAAAGGAAAAGAAGUACUAGUUUUAUUAAGUUUAGCAGGCAGGAUGUGAAAUUUGAGAAAUGUCAUAUUUUAUUAAAUGUUCUUCAAAUUUAUAAAAAAUCACAUGUAUGCUACCAUUAUAUGUCCAUGUCAAUGGUUGUAUCUAGUCGCCACAUAUUCAAAACAGAAAAGAAUAUAUACAUGUACUAAAUGUUUUAUACUUUGCCUUAUUAUGAAACUUUCUCUUGAUAAAUAGAUAUGAUAUAUUUGUAUGAGGUACAAGAAAAUAAUAAAAUAUUGAAAAAU